UUCUUGCAGUAGUUAAUCUUCAGUUACACAGACUGUCUGUAAGACAGAGUUUACUGCAUUUGCCCAAAUAUGUACACAUUUCUUAUACUUUCACUGGUUAUAACCCUUGUUUUAAAGUGUUUCAGUUCAGAACCACACUCACCAGUUUUUGGAAUUUAUCAACAUCCAGGGACAUUGUAUCACUUUAAAGUCAUUGUUUUCUUCAUAUUGCUCUCUUUCAGAAAAUUCUUACACAUCCUGUGGAAAUCUGAUGCUGGAUAUGGUGUUAAAUCCAGGGUAUCUGCAGAAAGCAUGGAUUGUAUGCAGACAUUAUCACAACAUCCUAAGGCAAUUGAUGCUGUGUAUUUUAAUUUGGCAAAUGAAGAAGGGUGGCACCUGAUUACUGGAACUGCCCAUCGACCGCAUGGUGUAGUUAAUGGCUUCCUUUAUGUGAAGGUUCCUAAUAUAGGGCUCCUAAUGUCUCCAAAACUGCCUGACACCAUGAUGUUCAGAAAUGAACAGGAGAGGAAAGACAAAUAUGGAGCAGAGGGACUAGUCAUUGCACCAUUUCAGCCAAUGAGAACAUGGGAAUUGCAGUACAAAGGAAAAAUGAAGUCAAGUACUGAUGAAAACAAAUUAUUUGAUGUUGAAAUCAAUGCAGUUUGGAGUUCUGAAUACCGGUAUUUUGAUUAUGAUACUGACAUGGAUCCUUUGUGUAUCUCACGUGCUAUGGCUUUAGAGACAUGGAGUAGAGAAUAUUUCCAAAAUGUGCGAAGUUCCCAUCAGACUCACUAUGAACAAUUUGGGAAGUUACAUGGUAAAGUGACAGUGAAUGGAAAACAGUACACAGUAAAGAUGGAUGGUGUAAGAGAUCACAGUUAUGGGGAAAAACGUGAGUGGAAGAAUUUUCAUCGUUAUGUGCUGCACUACAUUACUCUUGAAAAUGGAAUGAAAAUAUCAGCUGGUAUCAUAUGUGCACCACUAGCUUUCUCACGAUUGGAAAUUGGUUAUGUGUAUCAAGAAAGUGGAGAACCAAUACCAUUAAAUGGCUGUAACCUUAAACUGUACCAACAUGGGGAAGGUGGUACACCUCCAACCCAUUAUGGUUUUUCUUUUGAAGCAGGAGGAAUAUGGUACCAUGUUCAAGUAGAAAUCUUUGAGAGAUCUGAAUUUUAUAUUGGUUGGGAGUGGGAAACACGUGUGGUGGAAUGCCUAGGAAAUUUUAAAGUGAAUGGAGUUAAAGGCUGGGGUGCAGCUGAAUGGCAGUACCGUCACAUGGGGGGUCGUCCAGAUGAUGUAGCUUCCAGUGAUCCAGAAUGGGCAAAAUCCAUUGAAAAGACAUAAAUACUAUUAUAAAAGUGUAUAUUCAUGUGCUGGGUGUCACAUCAUAGACUCCUUUAUGUUUCAAAAGAUUAAUUUGUUAUCUUGAUGUGAGUGAACUGAUUUGUAUAUUAUGUUAUGAAAAAGUAAAUUUUGAUCCAUAAACAAUGUAAUUUCCAUUUACAAUUAUUGAGUAAUCAUUGCAGCAUUUGCAUUGGAUAUCAGAAUAUCUCACAUUUGCAACUGAAGUUUCAUGAAGUGCUUUAGUUAAUGUAUUACCCUCUUUAG